AUGGCGGGAACUUCAAUUUCAUCUCAGCUACAGGCAAUCAAAACCAUCCUAAACGCCUCUAGCGACCCUGAACCCGGUAGGAGGAGGCCGUUAACUCGUCCUUCGGUUCUAUUCGAUGCCAAAGCAGCUGCAGAUAUUGACCUCGACACCAUCCACGGGAUUGCCCUCUCUGGUUUGGAGGGGCUGACGAAUUUGGAGGUGCGCUUUGGCAUUUAUAAGAAUGAUCUGUUCAGCCAUCAGAGUAAGGAGCUGGAUAGAGAGUUGGUUGGUCAAGAUGAAAACAAACGGAUUGAUGUCUCCAUUAGCUCUUAUUUGCGGUUAUUAUCUGGAUAUCUUGAGUUCUCUUCUGCUUUGAAGACAUUGGAGUAUUUAAUUCGCAGAUACAAGGUCCAUGUGUACAAUGCAGAGGACCUGAUUUUGUGUUCAUUGCCAUUCCAUGACACUCAUGUAUUUGUGAAAAUAGUGCAGUUAAUCGAUACUGGAAACAGUAGAUGGAAGUUCCUUGAUGGAGUUAGGACAUCAGGAGCACGGUUGCCCAGGGAGGUCAUUGUGCAACAGUGUAUUCGAGACAUGGGUGUUUUGGAGGCUAUUUGUGAUUAUGCUACACCUGCGAAAAAGAAUCAACCCUCGACACAUGUGACUGCAUUUUGCACAGCUGUCAUUUUUGAGGUUUUAGGGCUUGUCACUGUUGAUAGCAAUAUCGUGAAGAGGAUUUUUCCGCAUGUGAGUUCUGGUUUGCAAGUUGGUGCCAGAGGACGGGACCAGAAGGCUGGGGCUUUAAUGAUUGCGAGUUUACUAGCGCAAAAGGCAACCUUGGCUUCUAGUGUUGUCAAAAGCUUGUUGCACUUGGUGGCGGACAUAGCUAGGGCAGAGGCAAAAGACAGAAGUGACUUGCAAUGGUUGCGCAUGUCAUUUAUGACUGUAAUCAACAUUGUUCAGCUUCAAUCUGUGGAACUGAUCCCUAAGAAGACGGUAGAUGCUAUAAGUGAUAUCAGGGAUGUCUCGGAGAUUCUUUCAGAAUUAACCAAGGAUUUCAACAUGGAUAAGUUCGUAAUUGUGUUUCUGGACUCAUUACUUGAGUAUAGUGCUACUGAUGAUUCGUCCCAGCGCACUUUAUUGUCAGUAAUUGAAAAUGUUCCUAUGAAAGACCAUGUUAAUCGCAUUGUCAAGCGACUUCUUUCUAAGCAAAUAGAGGUAUUCAACGGAAAGAUUAAUCUGGAAUCACCCAAAUCAGGGAGCCAAGGCAAACAGAUUUUGGUGUCAAUAUGUGAGAAGUAUCCUAAUGAAUCCAGACAAGCUAUCUUUAGUCUGUUAAAGGACACUAAAAUGCCUUCCACAAAAGUCAAUACGACCUAUGAUUUUCUCUGCAAGAUACUAGAUGAAAAUUUGGACUCAUCGCAAGACAUACCUGAUCCAAAAGUGUUUUUGGGUCUGGAGCAUUCAGAGGCAGAAAUUCGAAGGUCAGCAGUUCUGGGUUUGGAUGUCGCCAACAUUCUGAGGGAGAAAACUACAAGUUCAAAGAAGUUUGAUGCUAUUCAAGAUACACUUACUCGCCGCCUUUAUGACGAUGAUCUAAACGUCGUACUGGCAGUUCUGGAGUUGAAGAACUUACCUGAAAUAUUGAGUUCCCCACUUUUAGUCGAAGCACUUCAGCAUGUGCUUCAAAGGUGCAUCGAAAUUUUGCUGUCAAGUUCGUUAACAAACACGUCUCUCCCCAGUAAUACUGCUUUAUUGUGCCUGCAACAAGUAAUCACAACUUUCAAGGAUAAGGAACAAUAUGCCAAAACAUUAGCAACAGCAAUCUUCCCCCUUCUUCUUAUUAGACCUAAGACUCAGAAAGUGAACUUGAAGGCCUUGGAAUUUGCUAAAGAUAUAGGGUGGCCUUUCUAUGAGAAUCUUGUAAUUAUUCAAGGGUCUGAUAAGAAAUUGGAUCUUUUACACGUAUCUUCUAUUAAUUUGGAGAAUAUCAGUAAGUUAGCAGAGGCAUUCUCAUUAAACCCUGAAGAGUACAUGCCUUGGCUUGUACAGUGCUACAACUCCCACGAAUUUUCAAGGACAUUAUUCUUCUUGGUUGUGUUGCUGUCACUGAAGAUGUUGAAAAUGGAUGUUGGCCGACUUUCUGUAACUUUUGAUCAUUGUCUUCCAACUCUUCAAAAUGAGUGGAACAUGCUAGAGUCUCUGGGGAUAUCCACGGAGCAGUUCAAUAAAAGAACACUGGGUGUUGAUUGUAAAGGAAUCCUAGAAGAUCUUCUCAACACUGACGUCAAAGACCUUAAUGCUGAGAUUCUUGGUUGUCUGUUUAUGAGGUUUUCAGAAGCUUUGAUUGUAACAGCACCCAAGGAUGUGACGUUGGAUAUGGAGGGGAAGUGGGCAACCAUGCUUCAGGAUAUAUUUUUGUUCUUUGCUUGUCAUUCUAAGCACACAUUCAAGAAACAAUUGGAGUACCUCUUUACCAUGUCCAAGACCCCUCUAAUGCAAAUUAUGUUGAAACUAUUCACUGAAGAAGGUGUGCCGUAUGCUGCUCAAAUUGAGAGCCUUCACUCUUUCUCAAACAUUUGUCCUCAGUUAGAUGAUGGGUUGGCCCUACAGCUCCUUGCAAAUUUCCCGUCUGUUCUUGUUCCCCUAUCAAGCGAUAGCCAGAAUGUACGUGUGGCUGCCAUGAGCUGCACUGAAGAGCUAUUUGCAUUAUGGUCCCGUAUUAGUUCAAAAGGCAACAAGGAAUCCUGGUUGCAGUUUUUGGGGGAGAUAUUGAGCUUAAUUAUUCAGCAAAAGAAGAUGAUAUUGUCAGAUAGAAAUGUUCUUGCUUCUUUCUUCACUUCCUUGCUCAGUUCGCCUUCUGAAGGCCUUUUGGUCCAACAGGCUGUUGGGAAGAGAUUUGACGGGUCCACCAAAAAUGAAAUCCUAAAUUUCAUGGUCAGCCGCGCUCUUGGGCUGCCUGCCCAUGCGAAGCUGAAAAUUCUUACUCUGAUCAAAGGCGUGGAAGGUAAACUCAUGUCUAUUUCCGGGGUGAGGUCACUAUUAAACGAUCUUUUGGAAAGUCGUCGUUAUUGUCUUGGGGUUGGCGAACCACGUCAAAAGUUGUUACAGAAUGAAGUUGACAUACUGUGCCUCUUAUUAGAGAGCUGUACGAGACCAACUUCAUCUCAUGAAGCUAAUGAUACCGGGGACUUCAUAUUAAAAGCUUUACAGGUUAAUGAUUCUGAAGAAUCUGCAGUUCUGGAGCCAUGUUUGACAAUUCUGAAAACUCUUAGCAGUUCCUUUUAUGAAGAUUUGAAGACUGAAAUCCAGGAAGCUAUCUUCCGAAAUCUUUUGGUUCUUUUCAGAAGUGCCAACAUUAGUUUACAGAAUGCCAGUAGAGAUGCAUUGUUGCGAGUUAACGUGGAUUGCUCAAUUUUCGGACGCGUUCUUGAUUCCAUUUUGAAUCAGAGAACUUGGUUAGUAGGUCUGGUUCAUGGGAAGAAACAAAGAAGAUCAGCCAAACGCCAGGAUCCUUCAUAUAGCAGUGCAACUCAGAGCAGAGAAAGCACACUAUCUAUGUUGAGUGCUUUUCUUGAGGUGUUGCUAAUGAAGAAAGACAUAGAUAACAGAACUUCACUUGUUGGCCCCUUAUUUAAGCUGCUGAACUUGUUAUUUAUGGACGACGAUUGGAUCCUUAAAGUUGUGGACCAAGAUAAAGCGUCCAAAGCUUCAUUUGGAGCCCCCCAGUCUGUUUCUGAUACUGUAGCUUACAUUCAGCAGACUCUGCUGUUAACUUUGGAUGAUAUAAGCAGUUCCAUUGGAGAUGAUAUGAUGCAGAAGGAUAUCAACUGCAAUUUUGACUUGCCAUUGUUAGUCAGUUGUGCCCGUUCUUCAAGUGAUGCCGUUACACGGAAUCAUGUCUUCUCGUUGAUUACGACUCUUGUAAAGAUUACACCCGACAAGAUUUUGGAACAAAUUCUGGAUAUUCUAGCUGCAAUUGGAGAGUGUACUGUAACUCAGUGGGAUGCCUAUUCUCAACGUGUGUUUGAAGGCCUUAUAUCAGCGAUAAUGCCUUACUGGUUGUCUAGGACCAAUGAUGCAGACCAAUUACUUCAGAUAUUUGUGAACAUAUUGCCCCAAGUUGCGGAACAUAGAAGGCUGUCCAUUAUAAGACACAUAUUGAGGACUCUGGGAGAGGCUCAAAGUUUGGGUUCUCUGCUAUUCCUCCUUUUCCGCUCCUUAACUUCAAGGAAGAAUGAGCUAUAUCUCCUUGUUAAUGAGCAAUCUUUUGAUGACCUGACAUUUGUUGUUUGUAAGCAGUGGGAGUAUGAAUUUGCGUUGCUGCUUUGUGAGCAGUAUUCGUGCAAAAUUUGGCUUCCUUCCCUCAUCUUAGCCCUUCAGAAAGUUGAAAGCGAUACUUUGAGCGGAGACACAUUUAUCGAAAUACUGGUUGCAAUGCAGUUAGUUUCAGACAAGCUGCAGGAUUCAGAUAUUUCCUACAAGCUGGACUCGGAAGAAGAUUUAAAUGGCAUUCAGGCUAUGUUAGGUGAACUUAUGGAGCUAGUUGUGCGUCACCUGCAAUUGGUUGAUUUUAAAAAGAAACAUAUUGGUGUCCCAGCAUCCAUCAAGAGUGAACUGAAGGACUAUAUUCGAUCUGUUUUAAGAACGAUUGCAAAGGGACUUUUGCCGUCAACAUACUUCAAUAUCAUUACUAAAUUGAUUCUUCAUUCAGAAAGGAAUGUGAGGAAGAAGGCCCUUGGGCUUCUGUGCGAGACCAUGAAGGACUUAGCUGUGAAUGAGAAGGUUGAGAAGAAGGGUUCGAUGUCAAGAUUAAGAAACUUGUGGCUGAACCUGAAUGUGGCUUCUUUGGAAUCAUUUGAGACGUUAUGCUUGGAAAUAUUGAAAUUACUUGAUGAUCAAGAUGAUACGUCUUUGAAGCUGACAGCAGUUUCAUCACUGGAAGUUGUAGCUAACACUUUCCCUUCUCAUGAUAGAGUUUUUAGCAUGUGCCUUGGAACUGUCUGCAGAAAAAUCUGCUCUGAUAACUCUUCUCUGUCUAGUCAUUGUCUUCGGGCCACAGGUGCUUUAGUUAACGCACUCGGCCCAAAGGCCCUGCCCGAACUCCCCAGUGUUAUGGAAUUUGUUUUGAGGAAGUCGCGUGAUGUUAUCAAUGUGGAUGUAGAAACCAAGAGAACAGUUCAUGGUGCUAAAGUUAAUUCGAAUUCUGCAGAUUUUGUCUUCAUGUGUGUUCUUCUAACAUUGGAGGCCGUUGUUGAUAAGCUGGCUGGAUUUUUGAAUCCGUACCUGGGAGACAUCUUAAGACUAGUUUUGUUGCAUCCUUUGUCCUCCAGCAUCUCGAUGCCAAAGUUGAAAUCGAAAGCUGAUGUCGUGCGAAAGCUAAUUACUGAAAAAAUCCCUGUUCGUCUACUGCUCCCACCAAUGCUCGCAAUGUACUCAGACUCUGUACAAUCCGGAGAGUCAAGUUUAUCAAUUCUUUUCGAAAUGCUAGGAAACUUGGUGGCUUCAAUGGAUAAAUCAUCAGUUGGUGUUCAUCAUGCAAAAGUUUUUGACUUGUGCCUGCUGGCUCUUGAUCUGCGUAAUCAGUACCCCUCCUCUGUUCAGAAUGUUGAUGUCGUUGAGAAAACUGUCAUCAGUGCUGUCGUCAAACUUACCAUGAAACUCACUGAGACUAUGUUCCGGCCUCUUUUCAUCAAGACUGUCGAGUGGUCAGGUUUGAAUUCAGAAGGUCACGAAAAUGCCCCUGAGAAAGCUGAUAGCAGGGCUAUCUCUUUCUACAGUUUGGUCAACAAACUUGCUGAAACGCAUCGAUCACUGUUUGUCCCAUACUUUAAAUACUUGCUUGACGGGUGUGUUCGAGGUCUCGUUGACUCUGACAAUGCAAAAACUGAAGUGACUCAGAAGAAGAAGGCCAAGCUUCAAAGUAACAAGGACACAGAUGGUGCCCUACCUAUUCAAGUGUGGCAUAUCCGUUCUCUAAUAUUAUCCUCUCUACAUAAAUGCUUUCUCUAUGACGCGGGGAUUUCAAGAUUUCUGGAUUCUUCUAAUUUUCAGAUUCUGCUGAAACCCUUGGUGUCACAGCUUGUCGUUGAACCCCCAGUGUCCAUUGAAAAUUAUCCCAAUGUACCAUCUGUACAGGAAGUUGACGACUUGUUGGUUGCCUGUGUUGGUCAGAUGGCUGUUGCUGCCGGCUCAGACCUUCUCUGGAAGCCAUUGAAUCAUGAGGUGUUGAUGCAAACUCGUAGUGAUAAGCUCCGCGCCCGCAUAUUGGGUCUGAGAAUAGUGAAAUAUCUUGUAGAGAAUCUAAAAGAUGAAUAUCUGGUAUUUUUGGAGGAAACCAUUCCUUUCCUGAGUGAAUUGCUCGAAGACAUUGAGUUACCAGUCAAGACUCUUGCACAAGAGCUUCUCAAGGAAAUGGAAUCUUUGAGUGGUGAAAGCCUCCGAGAGUACCUUUGA